GAAUGAGUUUUCAGAGUCUCUGUCUGCCAGCUAGAACUGGCUGAACUGGUAUCGCCAAUAGUCAGGAAGUCUUGCAUCAGACAGUAGUGAGACACUGAAGCACGAGUUCUUGAGCUCCAUAAUGUGCAUGUAUGUCGGUCUUUUAUAAGUUCCUCCUGGCCAUCUCUUUGUCACAGAUGCUGCUAAUGUUUGCUUUGGAUCAGCCCCACCAGGUCUGAGACCAUCUAGGUUUCCCUCAGAGCCAGGAAACCCUCCUGCCAGGGAAAUUAGUAUCAGACGACCUGAUUGGAUCCAGUAGCAACAUCAUGGAACUGGAAAAGCCUUCGAAUGGCGUCCAUUACCCUGAGCAAGUGACCAUUGAAACUAGGUGUACAGAUGAAGAUGUGACUGCUUUGCCAAGGUUUCAUGAUGCUGAAGCCACUCCAGAAGAACGUGAGGAGUUCCUGCCUCAUAAGCCUGAUGAGCAAAACCAGAGUCAGUUUACUGAUUUUGUUGGAAAGACCUCUUUGGGAAUGUCCAUCUUCAACCUCAGUAAUACCAUCAUGGGUAGUGGAGUUCUGGGCUUGGCAUACGCCAUGGCCAACACUGGAAUCAUCCUCUUCGUGAUUCUGCUGACCAGUAUCGCCACCUUGUCUGCUUACUCAAUUCACCUUCUCCUGAGAAGCGCCGAUAUUGUAGGGAUCCGUGCCUAUGAACAGCUGAGUAAUCAGGCUAUUGGUGCUUGGGGGAAAGUGCUGGAGGUUUGUGUCAUCUCCAUACACAACAUCGGAGCCAUCUGCAGCUACCUCUUCAUUAUGAAGUCUGAGCUGCCACUGGUUAUUGGAGCCUUUCUGGGAACCCCAUCCAACUCCGGAGAGUGGUAUCUGAAAGGGGAUUACCUGAUCAUCAUUGCCAGCCUAUUUAUCCUGCCUCUUGCUCUCAUGCGGCAGCUUGGAUACCUUGGGUACACUAGUGGACUCUCCUUGAUAUGCAUGGUGUUCUUCCUCAUCUCCGUGAUCUACAAAAAGUUUAACGUCGGAUGUCCUGUAGAAGAUCACAACCUGACCCAACCUUUAACAGUUAUGGUCAACAGCACCAGUGAAGACGAUGUGUGCGAGGCCAAACUCAUCACGUUUAACUCAAGGACAGCGUACGCCAUUCCAAUUGUGUCAUUUGCCUUUGUCUGCCAGCCAGUGGUUCUGCCCAUCUACACGGAACUCUGGAAGCCCACGAAGAAGCGCAUGCAGAGAGUUGCUAACAUCUCCGUCUUAGCAAUGUUUGUCAUGUACCUUCUCACAGCUGUCUUUGGCUACCUCACCUUCUAUGAUAAGGUGGAGUCGGAGCUCCUCCAUACCUACAAGGGAGACAAUGCAGACCACCUGAUUCUGUGUGUGCGUUUGGCUGUGCUCAUGGCUGUGACCCUCUCAGUGCCUGUGAUCAUCUUCCCAAUCCGGAGAGCCCUGCUCCAACUCUUCUUUGAUGCCAAACAUUUCAAUUGGGUGCUUCACAUCAGCAUUGCAAUCGGCCUGCUGGUCCUUGUCAACAUCCUGGUUAUCUUGGUACCCAACAUCAAAGACAUCUUUGGAGUCACUGGAGCCACAUCAGCGCCCACCCUGAUCUUCAUACUUCCAGGAAUAUUCUACAUAAGAACUGUCCCUGAGAAUCUGGAACCAUUGAACUCCAGACCAAAGAUUCAGGCUGCCUGUUUCGCAGCUGUAGGAUUCUUGCUUAUGGUGGUCAGCAUAUCCCUCAUCAUUAUGGACUGGGCAUCUGGAGGACAAUAAACACAUCACCUUCAGCCAAAGUCAUGAAGGCAGGACAGCACAUCCCUACCCUAAUGGAGUGCCAGUCUCAGUCAUGCACGCCUUUGGCUUUGAUAAGGAUGAGAAGGGUAAUAAGGAUGUUGAAGAAUAACAGAAGGAUACAUCCGCCACAGUGAAACUAUCCAACCAAAAUGGUCAAAUCAACUGCUCUGGUAUCAGCAUUUUUAUCAGAAGCACAAUUUUAUGAAAAAUGUGGGAAGUUACAUAACCCAGUACUCUAAACACUCGGCUUUCCGCUGCCUCUUAAAUCAAAUUGAGGCCACCGCAAUCAUCACUUUGCAAGGCUCACAAGGAACCCUGCGUGCUGAGGAUGGUGAAGAAGGCGGGGCCAAACCUGGAUCGCCAGUUCUUCGUGUGUGCCAGGCCACAGGGACACGCCUCCAACCCAGAAUCCCACUGUAACUUCUUUGCUUGGGUGGAUAAGGGCAAAUAGCAAGGAGUGGCUUGGUAGGGGGAGUGUCUGAAUGCAUCAGAGAUUCCAUUGGUCAAACCUAGAGCUGGCCGGUAUUGACAAAAAUAUUAUCACAAUUUUUUUUUGUAUCGAUCGAUUUUGAUAAUUGUCAUGAUAUUAUUUCAUAUCAUUGUUUCAGUUUCUAAAGAUUCUGUCCUAUUUGUUGAUUUAUUUUCAACAAAUGGCACAUUAACUAUAUACUGUAGAUACAAAAUUCCCUUAGAAAUUUUGAAAAGUUAUUGAUUUUCAAGUACCCAAAGACUGCACGUACAAUAGCUCAGAUAAACAAGGGAAUAUAAAAAUGUCCAAAACAUUGUGUAAAACAGUUUAAGAGUGCAAAUAUUUAAAGUGCAAACAGAAAACCAUGCAAACCAAGUUUGCAUUGCUGGCAGCAAGAAAUAUCUACUUUUAUUCUCUCUCUUAAAAAUCUCGGUUAGAACAGUGUCUAAAAUAAUUUGCACUUUCUUCCUGUUACAUAAAUGAAGCGCACAUUUGCUUAUGUACACUACAGGUUUUUUACUAAGAAGACUAGCCUGUUCACUGUCUCAGGCUUGGCUGAUGCCCUUUUGCAGAUGACAAUGUUGCCUCCUGUACUAAAAACCCUUUCUGAGGAUGGACUGGUGGCUGGUGGACACAGAGGUAAUGCUUUGCCAGGAGGCUCAAAUUUGGAAAGGCAGUUGCAUGGACUUUCCAUCGUUCCAGAGGACUUGUUUCACUGUCCACACAAGAAGCUUGGAGGUAGUUUCAAGGAGUUCAGCUUCAGUCGACUGUGGUUUCUUGACAAAGCUUCCCAGUGUCUUCUGUUUUGGCUGGUUCAGGUAUAUUUAUCUGAAAAAACCUCGAUCUGAAAUGAUGUGCCCUAUAGAGCAAGAGAAUCUGAUAAAGUAUGCCGUUAUAAAGUGCCCUUCUAGGGGAGAGAAUGUGAUGCAAUGCCCUAUAAGGUGCCCUUACAAUGGUCUAAGCUGAACCUAUGGAAACCCUUCUGAUGGAAAAGGAUGCCGUUAUGAAGUGCCCUUCUAGGGGAGAGAAUGUGAUGCAAUGCCCUAUAAGGUGCCCUUACAAUGGUCAAAGUGGAACCUAUGGGAACCCUUCCAAUGAAAAAGGGUGCCGUUAUGAAGUACCCUUCUAGGGGAGAGAAUUUAAUAAACUUGAGGUGCCUUUCUGAUGGAAAUGACUCUCGAAGCGGCCUCUAGGGUGCCCUUCUUAGUUAACAAACAUGAUGAAGUGCCCUUAUGAUAGAGAAAAAAAAAUAUAUACUGUUUAAUAUACAGUUUAUACUGAAGCUCCGGCGAGAUGGCUCCUCAUAGCGGAGGUCAUUGCAUAUCCUGGCAUGCUUGCAGGCCCUGUUAAUAGCUCCUGUAUGAAUGUGCUAUUGUGAGUACUUGUGUGUCCCCGAUUGUCAUGUGUGCCCUUGGCUGUGUCAUGCGUAUGUGACUCCUGUUCGAUCCUCGCAAACCUCUAGUUAUUGUCAAACUACCCAUGGUGUAUGAUCCUUACUGUCCGGUGUCAGACCUCACUGCGUUUCGUGGUGCAAAGUUGACGCAGGUGUGAUUAUUUGUAUGCUAUAGACUUAUUUGCUGGUAUAAAAGAGCGCGUUGUUUUUAAAUCCGUGUCAUUUCUCUCGCUGCGAUGUCUGGGGCUGUUGGUGUUACAAUAUAU